UAUGGUUAAUGAUAUUUUUUGAAAAUCCGCAGUUUAUAGUUCCAUAUGGUGUAAUGGUGGAGGGAUACGUAAACCGGCAAUAUAUAAAUAAGACAGCCCUUUGUUUGCGAUAACAGACUCGUUUCCUGAAGAUUCAAGAGCAGCGCCGUUGAUAAUUUGUUUUGUCAAGAUGCAGAUCUUUGUGAAGACCUUAACUGGUAAGACCAUCACACUGGAGGUGGAGCCCAGUGACACCAUCGAGAACGUCAAGGCCAAGAUCCAGGACAAGGAGGGCAUCCCCCCAGACCAGCAGCGUCUGAUCUUUGCUGGCAAACAGCUGGAAGAUGGCCGCACCCUGUCCGACUACAACAUCCAGAAGGAGUCCACCCUCCAUCUUGUGCUCCGUCUGAGGGGAGGUAUGCAGAUCUUUGUUAAAACCCUGACUGGUAAGACCAUCACCCUUGAGGUUGAGCCCAGUGACACCAUCGAGAACGUCAAGGCCAAGAUCCAGGACAAGGAGGGCAUCCCCCCAGACCAGCAGCGUCUGAUCUUUGCUGGCAAACAGCUGGAAGAUGGCCGCACCCUGUCCGACUACAACAUCCAGAAGGAGUCCACCCUCCAUCUUGUGCUCCGUCUGAGGGGAGGUAUGCAGAUCUUCGUUAAAACCCUGACUGGUAAGACCAUCACCCUUGAGGUUGAGCCCAGUGACACCAUCGAGAACGUCAAGGCCAAGAUCCAGGACAAGGAGGGCAUCCCCCCAGACCAGCAGCGUCUGAUCUUUGCUGGCAAACAGCUGGAAGAUGGCCGCACCCUGUCCGACUACAACAUCCAGAAGGAGUCCACCCUCCAUCUUGUGCUCCGUCUGAGGGGAGGUAUGCAGAUCUUCGUUAAAACCCUGACUGGUAAGACCAUCACCCUUGAGGUUGAGCCCAGUGACACCAUCGAGAACGUCAAGGCCAAGAUCCAGGACAAGGAGGGCAUCCCCCCAGACCAGCAGCGUCUGAUCUUUGCUGGCAAACAGCUGGAAGAUGGCCGCACCCUGUCCGACUACAACAUCCAGAAGGAGUCCACCCUCCAUCUUGUGCUCCGUCUGAGGGGAGGUAUGCAGAUCUUCGUUAAAACCCUGACUGGUAAGACCAUCACCCUUGAGGUUGAGCCCAGUGACACAAUCGAGAACGUCAAGGCCAAGAUCCAGGACAAGGAGGGCAUCCCCCCAGACCAGCAGCGUCUGAUCUUUGCUGGCAAACAGCUGGAAGAUGGCCGCACCCUGUCCGACUACAACAUCCAGAAGGAGUCCACCCUCCAUCUUGUGCUCCGUCUGAGGGGAGGUAUGCAGAUCUUCGUUAAAACCCUGACUGGUAAGACCAUCACCCUUGAGGUUGAGCCCAGUGACACAAUCGAGAACGUCAAGGCCAAGAUCCAGGACAAGGAGGGCAUCCCCCCAGACCAGCAGCGUCUGAUCUUUGCUGGCAAACAGCUGGAAGAUGGCCGCACCCUGUCCGACUACAACAUCCAGAAGGAGUCCACCCUUCACCUGGUCCUGCGUCUUCGUGGAGGCAACUAGUUCUACUCUUAACAAUGUCACAUCUUAACCCCAAUUUCCCUUAUCCCAAAUUCCCUCCUAACCUCCAACCCCACCUUUUGACCUCACUCCAAUCCCACCCCUGACUUCCCCUCCACCCUAAUCCCCAGCUCUUAAAAAAAAAAAAUAUCAAUAAAGUUCAAGCAUUCCUGA